ACACACAAAUCGCUUUGACAGCAGCAGUCGUCAUUGGAAAGAAAAAUUUUUCGUCAAGCGCUGUUGUUCGUGUUGCAAAAAUUGCUUAUUUUCUGAGAAAACCCGCUUUCAAGCUACUUAAAAUAGUGUUAAAUAGUGCAUUAGAUUGGAUGGAAGCCGUUCCGUGAUCUUAGGUGCAGAAGUUCGUUCUAUUCAAGGGUGAAAACAUCGUUUUCCUAGACGUCAAGUCGAAGACAUUCUCCGGCCGAGUCUGCUGCAAAGUGGAUCAAGAGGUGUUGUGAAGGCGGUCUGUGCGGGUGCGAGUGAGACGGCAUAACUGGUGGGCAGAUUUGAGGUUAGGAUUAGCCAGUUUUUGUUUGCAAACUUUGGCCGCUGAUUGGAGUGAUAUUUUGUUGGGUUGAACUACCGAUUUGAAAAAAAAAAAAUGAAACGAAAAUCAGGAAAUGAUUUGACAACACAAACGUUGUUGGAUUUCGAUCUGGGAGAAAGUUCUUCGGAUUCCGAUUUUAGAAUCGAAGAUCACGAUGACGAUAGCGAUGACUUUUCGGCAAACAGCAAGGAUGAAGACGAUGGCGAUGACGACGGUGACGAUGAUGAUGAUGACGAUGACGACGGGGAUGAUGAUGAUGAAGAUGCCAGUGACGAUGGAGAAGAUGAAGAUGGAACCGAUAGUGGAACAACUGGAAGCGGAUCUAAAGUGGUCGAAUUGCCAAAACCGGGAAUCGUCACAGAAAGAGCUGUCAGUUUGGAAGAUGCUAUGAAGAAAAGCUUGAAGGGAAUUGACAAGGCCACAUUAAAACUCUUGACCAUACCGAUUUGCUGUGCUUGCUUGGGAGAUCGCAGUGACGAUCAAAACGAAAUUGUGGAAUGCGAUGGAUGCGGUGUGACGGUCCAUGAAGGAUGUUAUGGAGUAAGUGAAAGUACCAGCGUCAGUAGCACAAUCUCGUCUUGUUCUACGGAACCGUGGUUUUGCGAAGCAUGCAAAGCAGGAAUUGCAGAUCCGGAUUGUGAGCUAUGUCCAAACAAGGGAGGAAUUUUCAAAGAAACAGAUGUUGGUAAAUGGGUUCAUCUGGUUUGUGCCCUCUAUGUUCCAGGGGUCGCUUUUGGAGAAGUUGAUCAAUUAUCCUCUGUCACACUCUUCGAAAUGCCCUACAACAAAUGGGGUGCAAAGACGUGUAGUCUUUGCGAUGAUACCAAAUUUGCUAGGACAGGAGUUUGCAUCGGUUGUGAUGCUGGAAUGUGUAAGACCUAUUUCCAUGUAACCUGCGCUCAAUACGCUGGAUUACUAUCGGAAGCCCAUUCAGAAGAAGCAGAUCAAGCAGACCCGUUUUAUGCACAUUGUAAGAUUCAUUCAGAUAAAACUUUGAUCAAGCAUAGAAAGCGGAACUAUAAUGCUAUCAGAUUGAAAGCUUAUAACAGAAAGUUGGAACAAGAAGCCAAAAAAAUGGAGAAACCCUCCCCAGAACAAGUACGAAUAGAACGCAAACUGGCUAAACAUAGGAAAAAAUAUGUAAUCCAUAAAGAAACUAAAAAUCCACCUUGGGUUCCUACACAAAAAAUGCCUCGUCUGCUAACCACUAGUGCGACAGCUUGCAAAAAGCUUCUAUUGAAAGCUGAGCUUAUGGGAAUCGACACCACAGCGAUGGAAUUCCAGGAAGCUCAAAUGACUGCCCUGGCCGAUGUUCGUAAAAAAUGGCACAUUCCGCCAGCAUUUAGUGUGGAGUUUAUCGGAUACUACUUAGAUCGAACAGUUCGGCUCAAGGACAUCAAACAAAAUUUGCAAGAACAAGUUUCAACUAACCAAAAGCUACUUGAGGAGCAACAACGGCUGCGGGAUAAGUACGAUUGUGCAAUGAAGGUAAACCAGGCAGCAUUGAACCAAAAUGACGACUUGAAAGAUGCAAUUAAAAAACUGUACGAUGAUAUUCAUGCUCUCUGUCCUAAUAAGGCGCUAAUUCCUAUUGAGCAAAUAGGCAAACCUCCGUCAGUUCCGCCCAUGCAAAAUCCAAACGUGAUUAUAAAUACGCCCAGCUCAACACCGCCAGCGAGAACCAUUACUGUCCCCACGGCUGCGGCACUAAAAAUGGGAGUUGGAUUCCCAUUGCAAAAUCUCAUCGCACCGGGAAAACGAGACGACACUGGGCGCAUCCUCAGUACACAGUGCAAACAAAACAGCGAAGAGUUAUUGAACGAAUGUGGCAUUUGUAAGCGAUGCUCUGAUCAACAUCUGCUAGCGAAAUGCGAUACAUGUCAUCUGUAUUAUCAUCUUGGUUGUUUGAAUCCUCCGCUAACGAGACAUCCGAAAAAGUCGAAACUCUACGGUUGGCAGUGCUCCGAAUGUGAUAAAUCUGAUGAUUCUGGACCGGAGAAUGUUAUUCUCCCGAAGGCCCCAAGGAAAUCACGGACGCGGUACAGUAAAGAUGGAAUUAUCGUUCCGUACGAUAUGCCAUCUCCGGAAUUUGACAGAUCCCCGGAAACUACUCCGAAGCGACCUCGCAAAAGCGGUGGAUUUAGCACGGCUGAAAAUAGCCCCUCCAAGGCUUCAACUUCACUUAAUGGCAUCGAAACUAAAGAGGUUGUUCUCGAAAUUCCAAAAAUAGAUUUGGACUUAGCUGAUAAAUUAGUCGCAGGUGAAUCUUCGAUUGAAAUACCAGAAAAAGGCUCUGUAAAACGUGGUCGAAAGAAAAAGCUCGUCGAUUCAAAUGAAGAAGUCAAACCUCCCAUCAAAGAACAAGUAAAAGAUGAACCAGUAAAAAAGAACACCCCUCCGCUUCCAGCUGAAGUUACUGUUCCAGAGUCAGUUACAGUUCCCAAGGACGAACCUCAACAAUUGUCAUCUAUUGAAUCCAAAACAAAAGAGUUUAACAAAAAGGAUAAAAAGAAGGAAAAGCCGAAGCCUCCGACGCCUUUGAUAGAAUCCAAAGAAAGUAUUGCGUCAGCAUCAAAAUCAUCAAUAGAGGAACAAGAUCCUCUUGCAUCGGGAUCAUCUUCCCAAGAAAUGCUUCUCACUGCAACAGAAUCCACUACAACCAUAUCGACGUCAUCUACCGAAACCAUUCAACCAAAAACAGUUGAACAGCUUGGCCCUUUAGUCCCAAUACCUCUAAUACCUGCUGCCUCCGACGACCUUACCGGGGCUCCUUUCCACAAUCACUCACACAAACACAGCAAACGAAAAAAGGAAAAACAUCGAAACCGGUCGCCACACGAAGACGGAUCCCCCACAAAAGAGCACAAACGCAAACGGAAGCGGAAGAACCACGAUAUAGAAAAUCCCAACGAUGCCGGUGGAAGCGGCGGCAGCAACGUCCCACUUGUUGCAUGCUCUGUUCCGCAGGACGACAAUAGACCGCGCAUCAAAAUCAAGAUCAAAUCUGUACUGGACGGUUCCAAUACGCAUACAAUAUUUUACGUUCCAAAUGACAGCAUAGAGCCGCCAAGGCCCAGCUCCAAAAGCGAAACUGUAGCGACAAGCACUCCAAUCAGUUCGCCAGCCAUUCUGCCUGGCAGCAAAACACAAGCGAAAUCAGAAUCCGCUAGGCAAAGUACGUCUGCUACUACGCUACCCUCUCCGGCCAAAUCUCCAACACCUGCACCAGUAGCUGCUUCGGUGUCAGCACCUAAUGUGAGCACAAAACCACCACCACCACCACCGGUUUCUGGUCGCGGUCGAGGCAGGCGUCUCAGCGUUAUGAGACCAAAUCGACUGAAUGCAUCGCUAAACUCAUCCUCCGGAAAUAACUCUUCGACCGCAGGCGGCGAAUCCAUGUGCGAUGUCUGUCAUCAGCCCGGAACUAACAACAAUCUCGUACAGUGUGAUGAGUGUCACAAAAACUAUCACUUUGGCUGUUUGGAUCCUCCGGUCAAGAAAUCUCCAAAACGUCGUGGCUAUUCGUGGCAUUGUGCGGAUUGUGAUCCCACGGAUACUGAAAAUAACUGAACAACGAAUCCAAAUGAGUGUCGUUGCCGGUGUGAUGAAGAGUGAUAUCAAAUGUACAGGCAAAAAAACUGCUAUGCUGAACGAAUUUCCACAACAGCAUGAACCCAGUCGAAUGAAGUAUUUUCUAUAUGAGAUAUCUUGUAUUAAAUGAACUAUGAAAUAAAUAAGGCAACCCAAUUCUGAAUCUGUAGAAACUAA